AUGCUGGAGGAGGUAAUCGGACUUACCUUGUCGAUUUGUUCACUUUUUGCCGCGGACAUACCCAAAGUGAGUUCUCGCAACGAAACUUUACCCGAUUAUACAAAUUUCGAACACAGAGAACUUGAGAAUGAUGCACAAGAAAAUUUUAUAAACAAAGAGUUUGACGACGAUAAUUAUAAUGAUGAAUUAUCAAGAGAAGAUCUUGUCGUCAAUUUUUCAAGCCAGAAUACAACAUGCUAUGAUGAUAAUUUGAAAGAAAGUGGAAAAGUUUGGAAGACAUUAUGGAAAUGUUUGUGGACAAAUUUAAAUAUCAUUGUGGCCUCCAUCAUUCCUGUUGCAUUUUGUAUAACGCUUGUUUACGUGGCAAUGAAUACCGCCUACAGCUGUCUGGAAUGGCAGAAUCAUAACAACAAGACAUUACCGUUAUCUGUAAAACGUGCUGAAGUCUUUGGUGUCUGCGUGGAGGCGAUCGUGUUAUAUUUAUGGUUUCCAUUCACAAUGAUGAUAUUAUUUGGAUGGAGGGAAUUCAAAGCAAAGUUUUUAUCAACGGCUUAUGUUGGUGUCAUAUUCGGAGAGUUGGCCGUCAUGUAUCACUUGAUUUCAUUUCAGUUCAAUGUUUACUAUUCACAUAGUUUCUACAGAUAUCCUACAAGUGUCUUAUUUUGUGUUUCGUCAUUAUGCUGCACGUUCGUGAUUCUUAGCAACAUCCGUAUUGGUAAACCUUUCAUCCCUUAUUCCAAUUGUCACAUUGCAGCGCUUGUUCUUGUGGAAUUUAUCUUUUGUGCUUUACUGGCAUAUCUCAACAUGUCUCUAAUUAUCCCUGGGUUUAAUAGAGUUCGUCAAAAUUUAUAUAAAUUCCUGAUUGCAACCUCCUCACCUCUGGUAGCGUUUAUUCCUACUGCACUGUGUAGGCAUAUGGCGUUGAGAAGAAGUUCCGAAGUUGUUCAUCCAGGGCGUAGUUUUAUCAUGGUUUCUAUGAUCCGAGGUGGCGUUAUAUUCGUUUAUAGAACAAUGCAGACAGACUUUAAAAAUAUUUGGAUUUUUAUUGGUCUUUCAUUGUUUUCAUCGGUUUUGAACUUUUUGAAAAAGGCAACAAAACAAAUUCGUUUCAAAAUGUGGAAACGAAUUGUUUCAGCUUUGAACAAAUUACAAUGUUGUCAAAGACUACAAAUUUUACCUAGAGGUACACCCCAUUCCAGACGAUUAAGAGCUGACCUAGAAAUUCAAGAUAUACUUUUUGAAUACAACACUCUUGUUUUGAGUCAGGCGUACAUUGUUUCAUAUCAGCUUCAAAGUUUUGACAUCUCCACAGAACCAUUACUCUACGAGUUCCUGAAAAGAAUUGCGAUUGGGAUUUUAAUAGAUUUCAUCUUUAACUGUCUAACCAACUUUGUGCAAAUGUGUUAUUACAACAUUCCCAUUGGUCGCGUGUGGAAGAAGUACUGGAAACGACAUUUGUUGGCAAAUUUAAUUAUCGUGUUGGUAGUUAUCGCUUAUUUUGGUCGAGGUUUAGAAUCCGUGUUUCGCUCACGUUUUGAAGAAACUGGAGAGAGUUCUGUAAAGUACGUGAUUAGGAACUGUUCGUUGUUUUAGUUUUUGUCGACUUGUACUAAUUGGAUUUGAGGUAAACGUGAUUCAUGCUACUGUUGCGUUCUUAUGAUGAAAUGUUUGCUAGUCUUUGUAUUUCAUAAUGGUUUUUGCCGUUUCCAUUUCUGGAGCUAUUGUUAAUUUUUGUAUUGCUCUAUGCUCUGCAGUUUGUUACAGGCUGCACAAA